AUUCUCGUUAAGCCCCCGUAAGAACCCUGCAGGACGUCAGCUCCGGCUCCGGCUAAAAAAUAGCUAGCUAAACUUACACCCAGCUGCAGCCUGAGUGUUGUAUCAUGAAGGAUUUUCUGCAAGAGUCGAGUAAUUUAUAGGUUAUGCGCCUGUAAAUACAUCGGGCAAUCGAAAUGGUGAUCAUGUCAGGCACAGCCACUGUGCUGCAGCAGUUUGUCAGUGGGCUCAAGAGUCGAAAUGAAGACACCAGAGCCAAAUCUGCCAAGGAUCUGCAGCACUAUGUGACAACAGAGUUGAGAGAGUUAAGUCAAGAUGAAGCUACCACAUUCUAUGAUGAGUUAAAUCACCACAUAUUUGAGCUGGUGUCCAGCUCUGAUGUGAAUGAGAAGAAAGGAGGGAUUCUUGCAAUAGUCAGUCUGAUUGGAGUUGAGGGAGGCAAUGCCACCAGGAUCAGCCGCUUCGCCAAUUACCUGCGCAACCUGCUACCUUCCAGUGACCCAGUGGUGAUGGAAAUGGCUUCCAAAGCCAUGGGUCACUUGUCUAUGGCAGGGGACACAUUCACAGCUGAAUAUGUCGAGUUUGAAGUGAAGAGGGCGCUGGAGUGGCUGGGAGCAGACAGGAAUGAAGGCAGACGCCAUGCUGCAGUAUUGGUGCUGAGGGAACUGGCUGUGAGUGCACCAACCUUCUUCUUUCAGCAAGUGCAGCCCUUCUUUGACAACAUCUUCUACGCCGUUUGGGACCCCAAGCAGGCCAUCCGAGAGGGUGCUGUGUCUGCACUGCGGGCCUGUCUCAUUCUCACCACGCAGAGGGAGACAAAAGAAAUGCAGAAACCACAGUGGUACAAACAAACCUUUGACGAGGCAGAGAAGGGCUUUGACGAAACCCUGGCUAAAGAGAAAGGCAUGAAUCGGGACGACAGGUUCCACGGUGCGCUUCUCAUCUUGAAUGAGCUGGUUCGUAUCAGCAGCAUGGAAGGAGAGCGCAUGCGUGAGGAAAUGGAGGAGAUAACGCAGCAGCAGCUGGUGCACGAUAAGUACUGCAAGGAGCUCAUGGGCUUCGGAACAAAGCCCCGCCACAUCACUCCUUUCACCAGCUUCCAGUCGGUGCAGCCACAACAGUCCAAUGCUCUCCUGGGCUUGCUGGGAUACAACACGCCGCAGGGCUUCCUCAGUUUUGGAGCUACACCGGUACCCGCUAAGAGCUCACUGGUGGAGAGCAGAUACUGCCGUGAGCUCAUGGAAGAGCGUUUUGAUCAGGUGUGUCGAUGGGUGCUCAAAUACAGAACUAGUAAAAAUCCCCUCAUCCAGAUGACUACGCUAAAUCUGCUGCCACGGCUUGGUGCCUUCCAGCCGCAUACUUUUACUGACCAAUAUCUGUCCGACACGAUGGGCUACCUACUGGGCAGUCUAAAAAAGGAGAAGGAGCGAACAGCAGCCUUUCAAGCUCUGGGCUUACUGGUGGUGGCAGUCCGAUCUGAAAUACAGCCGUAUCUUUCCAAGAUUCUGGAGAUUAUAAAGGCGGCUCUACCACCCAAGGACUUCGCUCAUAAGAGACAGAAGUCCAUCCAGGUGGACGCCACUGUGUUCACAUGUAUCAGCAUGCUUUCCAGAGCUAUGGGUCCAAGCAUCCAGCCAGACAUCAAGGAGCUGUUGGAGCCCAUGCUGGCUGUGGGCCUCAGUCCUGCCCUGACGGCGGUGUUGUAUGAUCUGAGUCGUCAGAUCCCGCAGUUGAAAAAGGACAUACAGGAUGGGCUUCUGAAGAUGCUCUCACUGGUUUUGAUGCACAAGCCGUUACGCCACCCAGGCAUGCCCAAAGGCUUGGCUCACCAACUUGCGUCGCCAAGCCUUACCAACAUCCCAGAGGCCAGUGAUGUUGGCAGCAUCACACUCGCGCUGCGCACUCUAGGAAGCUUUGAGUUUGAAGGACACUCCCUCACUCAGUUUGUGCGACACUGUGCCGACCACUUCUUAAACAGUGAGCACAAAGAGAUCCGAAUGGAGGCAGCUCGCACCUGCUCCCGUCUCCUCACUCCCUCCAUACACCCCAUCAGCGGCCACGUUGUGAGCCAGACGGCGGUACAGGUUGUUGCAGAUGUGCUGAGUAAACUUCUCGUGGUUGGCAUUACAGAUCCAGAUCCAGACAUACGGUAUUGUGUGCUGGCGUCUCUGGACGAGCGCUUUGAUGCCCACCUUGCCCAGGCGGAAAACCUGCAAGCGCUCUUUGUGGCUCUGAAUGAUGAAGUGUUUGAGAUCAGAGAAUUGGCUAUCUGUACAAUCGGACGACUCAGCAGCAUGAACCCGGCUUUUGUCAUGCCCUUCUUACGCAAGAUGCUCAUUCAGAUUUUAACAGAGCUGGAGCACAGUGGGGUUGGCAGAAACAAAGAGCAAAGUGCCCGUAUGCUCGGUCAUCUGGUGUCUAACGCCCCCCGCCUCAUACGGCCCUACAUGGAGCCCAUUCUCAAGGCUCUAAUCCUCAAACUGAAAGACCCAGACCCCAAUCCUGGAGUGGUUAUCAGUGUCCUAGCCACCAUUGGCGAGUUGGCUCAGGUGAGCGGUCUGGAGAUGAGGAAGUGGAUGGAUGAGCUUUUUCCUAUUAUCAUGGACAUGCUGCAGGACUCGUCGUCAUUAGCCAAGCGACAGGUGGCGCUUUGGACUUUAGGCCAACAGGUGGCCAGCACAGGUUAUGUGGUGGAGCCCUACCGAAAAUACCCUUCCCUUCUCGAGGUGCUGCUCAAUUUCCUGAAGACAGAGCAGAAUCAGGGCAUCAGGAGAGAAGCCAUUCGCGUUCUCGGUCUGCUGGGAGCUCUGGACCCAUACAAGCACAAGGUGAACAUUGGCAUGAUCGACCAGUCACGAGAUGCCUCUGCAGUCAGCCUCUCUGAGUCCAAGUCCAGUCAGGAUUCAGCUGACUACAGCACCAGUGAGAUGCUGGUCAAUAUGGGAAACCUGCCCCUGGAUGAGUUUUACCCCGCCGUGGCGAUCGUUACUCUGAUGCGUAUCCUGAGAGAUCCAUCACUGUCAAACCACCACACCAUGGUGGUACAGGCUGUUACCUUCAUUUUCAAGUCUCUGGGCCUCAAGUGCGUCCAAUUCCUACCUCAGGUCAUGCCCACUUUUCUCAACGUGAUUCGCGUCUGUGAUGCCAGUAUCCGAGAGUUCCUUUUUCAGCAGAUGGGAAUGGUGGUAUGCUUUGUCAAGAUCCACAUCCGCCCCUACAUGGAUGACAUCUUCACCCUCAUCAGAGAGUACUGGACACCAAACAAUCCCAUGCAGAACACCAUCAUCCUUCUGAUUGAACAGAUUGUAGUGGCCCUGGGGGGAGAGUUUAAACUUUACCUGCCUCAGCUCAUCCCGCACAUGUUGCGUGUCUUCAUGCAUGACAACAGCACCGGGCGCAGUGUUACUAUUAAGCUGCUAAAUGCCAUCCAGCUGUUUGGUGCCAAUCUCGAUGACUACCUCCACCUGUUGCUGCCUCCGAUUGUCAAGCUUUUUGAUGCCCCCGAUGUGCCCCUGCAAGCCCGCAAGGUUGCCUUAGAGACUCUGGACAGGCUAACAGAAUCCCUGGACUUCACUGACUACGCAUCUCGAAUUAUCCACCCCAUCGUCCGGACGCUUGACAGUACGCCUGAAUUGCGCUCCACGUCCAUGGACACCCUGUCCUCGCUCGUCUUCCAAUUGGGCAAAAAGUACCAGAUCUUUAUCCCCAUGGUAAAUAAAGUGAUGCUGAAGCACCGGAUCAACCACCAACGCUAUGACAUCCUCAUAUGUCGCAUUGUUAAGGGCUAUACUCUGGCCGAGGAGGAAGAGAAUCCUCUUAUCUUUCAGCACCGCCAUGUACGUGGUAACCAAGGUGAUGCAUUGGUCAGUGGACCAGUGGAAGCGGGACCAAUGAAGAAACUUCACGUUAGCACAACAGCUCUUCAAAAGGCCUGGGGCGCCGCUCGAAAGGUUUCCAAAGAUGACUGGCUGGAGUGGUUGAGACGCUUAAGUGUUGUCCUUCUGAAGGAGUCUUCCUCCCCAGCACUGAGAUCGUGUUGGUCGUUGGCUCAAACCUACAUCCCACUAGCCAGGGACCUGUUCAAUGCGGCUUUCCUAUCCUGCUGGUCCGAACUAAGUGAAGACCAGCAGGAUGAGCUCAUCCGCAGCAUCGAGUUAGCGCUCACGUCGCAGGACAUCGCAGAGGUCACGCAGACGCUACUGAACCUGGCAGAGUUCAUGGAGCACAGUGACAAGGGGCCUCUGCCAUUGAGAGACGACAAUGGUAUUGUUCUGCUUGGUGAGAGAGCCGCUAAGUGCCGCGCAUACGCCAAAGCUUUGCAUUAUAAAGAGUUGGAGUUUCAAAAAGGUCCGUCACCCCUCAUCCUGGAGUCUCUUAUCAGUAUCAACAAUAAACUGCAGCAGCCAGAAGCCGCAUCAGGUGUGCUGGAGUAUGCCAUGAAACAUUUUGGUGAACUGGAAAUCCAAGCCACUUGGUAUGAGAAGCUCCAUGAGUGGGAAGAUGCUCUGGUGGCAUACGAUAAGAAGAUUGACAUGAACAAAGAGGAUCCAGAGCUCAUCCUGGGCAGAAUGCGCUGCUUAGAGGCCCUGGGAGAAUGGGGUCAGUUGCACCAACAGUGCUGUGAGGAGUGGACUCUCGUCAGUGAAGAAACCCAGGCCAAGAUGGCUCGUAUGGCUGCUGCGGCCGCUUGGGGACUUGGACACUGGGACAGCAUGGAAGAAUACACAUGCAUGAUCCCCAGAGACACGCAUGAUGGUGCCUUCUAUAGGGCAGUGCUCGCCCUGCAUCAGGACCUGUUCUCGUUAGCUCAGCAGUGCAUUGACAAAGCGAGAGACCUCCUUGAUGCUGAACUGACAGCCAUGGCUGGAGAGAGCUACAGUCGAGCCUAUGGGGCAAUGGUGUCGUGCCAGAUGCUGUCAGAGCUGGAGGAGGUGAUCCAGUACAAGCUUGUGCCCGAGAGGAGGGACAUCAUUCGGGAAACAUGGUGGGAGAGGCUUCAGGGUUGUCAGCGUAUCGUGGAGGAUUGGCAAAGGAUUCUAAUGGUCAGGUCACUGGUGAUCAGCCCCCAUGAGGAUAUGAGGACGUGGUUGAAAUAUGCCAGCCUCUGUGGCAAGAGUGGACGUCUGGCUUUGGCUCAUAAGACCCUGGUGCUCCUUUUGGGUGUCGACCCCUCGAAGCAACUUGAUCACCCACUGCCCACAGCCCACCCCCAUGUCACCUACGCUUAUAUGAAGUAUAUGUGGAAGAGUGCUCGAAAGAUUGAUGCCUUCCAGCACAUGCAGCAUUUUGUGCAAGGGAUGCAGCAGCAAGCCCAGCAUGCUAUUGCGGCCGAAGACCAAAAACACAAACAGGAGCUUCACAAACUGAUGGCAAGAUGCUUCCUAAAGCUGGGAGAGUGGCAGCUCAGUCUGCAGGGCAUCAAUGAGAGUACCAUCCCCAAGGUCCUGCAGUAUUACAGCCAUUCCACUGAGCACGACCGCAACUGGUACAAGGCCUGGCACGCAUGGGCAGUUAUGAAUUUUGAGGCGGUGCUGCACUACAAACACCAGAGUCAGGCGAGAGAUGAGAAGAAGAAGCUGCGGCACGCCAGUGGUGCCAGUGCCAACAGCGAGGCCAGCAACAGCGACAGUGAGGUUGACAGCAACGACCAGAGUCCUGCUCCUUCGCCAGGACAGAAAAAGGUUAAUGAGACCUUGCUUCUGUACACGGUUCCUGCUGUUCAAGGGUUCUUCCGCUCCAUUUCAUUGUCCAGAGGAAACAACCUGCAAGACACGCUCAGGGUUCUGACUUUGUGGUUUGACUAUGGCCAUUGGCCUGAAGUAAAUGAGGCCCUGGUGGAGGGCAUCAAGACCAUCCAAAUAGAUACGUGGCUGCAGGUGAUCCCACAGCUCAUUGCUCGGAUUGAUACUCCUCGUCCUCUGGUGGGUCGCCUCAUCCACCAGUUGCUAACAGACAUUGGGAGAUAUCAUCCACAAGCGUUGAUCUACCCACUAACUGUGGCCUCAAAAUCUACCACCACGGCUCGCCACAAUGCUGCAAAUAAAAUCCUGAAAAACAUGUGUGAACACUGCAACACUCUGGUUCAGCAAGCCAUCAUGGUUAGCGAGGAGCUCAUCCGAGUUGCCAUCUUGUGGCAUGAGAUGUGGCACGAGGGCCUCGAGGAGGCUUCACGUCUCUACUUUGGGGAGCGCAAUGUCAAGGGCAUGUUUGCUGUGCUGGAACCUCUGCACGCCAUGAUGGAGAGGGGGCCGCAGACCCUGAAAGAAACGUCAUUUAAUCAGGCUUAUGGCAGAGACCUGAUGGAGGCUCAGGAUUGGUGCAGGAAGUACAUGCGCUCUGGAAAUGUGAAGGACUUGACACAGGCCUGGGACCUUUACUAUCAUGUGUUCAGACGCAUCUCCAAACAGUUGCCACAGCUUACUUCUCUGGAGCUGCAGUAUGUUUCUCCUAAAUUGCUGAUGUGCCGCGACCUGGAACUGGCCGUCCCGGGCACCUAUGACCCCAACCAGCCAAUCAUUCGCAUCCAGUCCAUCGCGCCGUCCCUGCAGGUCAUCACCUCCAAGCAGCGCCCACGAAAACUCACCAUUAUGGGUAGCAACGGCCAUGAGUUCAUGUUCCUGUUAAAGGGCCACGAGGACCUCAGGCAGGAUGAGAGAGUCAUGCAGCUAUUUGGUCUGGUCAACACGCUGCUCGCAAACGACCCCGCCUCUUUGCGCAAGAACCUCAGCAUCCAGCGCUACGCAGUGAUCCCUUUGUCCACAAACUCAGGCCUGAUCGGCUGGGUGCCCCACUGUGACACCCUGCACGCUCUCAUUCGAGACUACAGAGAAAAGAAAAAGAUCCUGCUGAACAUUGAACAUCGCAUCAUGCUCAGGAUGGCGCCUGACUAUGACCACCUGACACUGAUGGAGAAAGUGGAGGUGUUUGAGCACGCAGUCAACAACACUGCCGGGGAUGACCUGGCAAAGCUUUUGUGGCUAAAGAGCCCCAGUUCGGAGGUGUGGUUUGAUAGGAGGACGAAUUAUACUCGCUCCUUGGCUGUAAUGUCAAUGGUCGGCUACAUCCUGGGACUGGGCGACAGACAUCCGUCGAACUUGAUGUUAGAUCGGUUAAGUGGAAAGAUCCUCCAUAUAGACUUUGGAGAUUGUUUUGAGGUCGCCAUGACUCGAGAAAAAUUUCCUGAAAAGAUUCCCUUCAGAUUGACAAGGAUGCUGACCAAUGCCAUGGAGGUGACAGGCUUGGACGGUAACUACCGAAUCACAUGCCACACGGUCAUGGAAGUGCUGAGGGAGCACAGAGACAGUGUCAUGGCCGUGCUGGAGGCCUUCGUCUACGACCCGCUGCUCAAUUGGAGACUCAUGGACACUAACACAAAAGGCAACAAGCGCUCACGCACGAGGACAGACUCGUACACGGCGGGUCAGUCUGUAGAAGCCCUUGAGGGAAUAGAAAUGGGUGAAGCUACGCACAAGAAACCAGGGACCACAGUGCCUGAAUCCAUUCACUCAUUCAUUGGCGAUGGCUUGGUGCAACCCGAAGCCCUCAACAAAAAAGCCAUUCAAAUUAUCAACAGAGUGCGAGAUAAACUGACAGGUCGAGACUUCUCUCAUGACGAGACGCUGGAUGUGCCAACGCAAGUAGAGCUUCUGAUCAAGCAGGCCACGUCCCAUGAGAACCUGUGCCAAUGUUACAUUGGAUGGUGUCCCUUCUGGUGAAGAACCAUUUUUGGGAGCCAUUUUUUACACUCGACAUUCUUAACAAUGAAUUAUGAAGACACAUUCUCAAACUCAACCGUCACACUAAUUCCUAGACGAAACUGUACAGUUGUGCCUUGAAAGUCGAUCACAAUCUGUUCUGUGACAUUGAUGAACUUCAGUUAGGUCGAUUUUUAAAGCAACAUUUCCCAAAGAGAGAAUUGCAUCUGGAACAAUUUUCUAGAGUCCAAACUGUUACCAUUAUGAACUCUUGGUUGUAAAUGUCAUUUUAAAAGAGACAUUAUGAAUUAUUAUGAAUUGAAAACAGUUCCCAGACGUCUUAACGUUUGUGUUAUGCUCACAUCAAUGAUCAAGAAUUAUGGACAUCAUUUUACUGCUUAUAUUGGAGAAAGAACUAAUUGCUGAAUUUGAGCCCAGUUAAACGGAGGACAUCGGCAAACACCCUCGUAACGUUGAAAUUGGCUUGUUGUAGGGGCAGAGCUGUUUCAUGAAGUUUUCCAGCCCUCAUCCUACCCUGCUUACCCAUCGGCCAAAUUUAAAUUGACAGUUUGUUAAAUUGACGACUAUUGACCUUCCUGCCAAGUUUUGGAAAAUGGGCUGUACUCAGCGGUGUAUCUGGAAAGAAACACCGCACUUGAUUUUUUUGUAGUUUGUUACAGCCUCAUUCCAACAUGGAAUAAUUUGUUUCCCUCAAAAUUCUCCACACAACACCCUAUAAUGAUGUGAAAUAGAAAAAAAAAGUUUUGUUUUUUUGUUGGGUUUUUGGCAGGGCUUUUUGGUGACAAUUUCUUAAAAAUAAAAAAACUGAAACAAAUGACAUCUACAUAGAAUAAGUAAUGACAGCUUUUGCCACAAAGCUCAAAACUGAGCUCAGGUUUCCAUUGAGCAUCCUUGAGAGGUUCCUACAUCUUAAUUGGAAUCCAUCUUUGGUAGAUUCAGUUGAUUUGGCUUCAUUUGGAAAGGCAUGCCUCUGUUGAUAGUAUAUAAGGUCCCAUUGGUGAAGGUGGACCUCACAUAGUGAAAAUCUGCGCCUAACUGACAACCAUAGAAAUGCAUUGUGGAGAAAGGACGUUGUAGCCCCAAAAUAAUCAAAAUUAAUCACAUUAAUAAUUUUCCAUAUAUUCCCUUCACAUAACAUUUGAACUAUAUUGUCAUACACGUAUCAACAAUAUUUGAAACAGCUCAACACUUGUUAAACACUCUUAAUUUUAGCUCAUGGCAGCUAGCCGGAGAAGCUAAAAUCGCAAUUUCCACCUUCACUCAGUGUUCUCCAAAAUGUCGGUUGUACUCCAAAUUUCAACUUUGGAGUUCCCCACUGUCUGUUUUUACACAGUGUAGCUUUUGCUCUUUCAGUCCUUUUUCCCUCUACUGUGGAGCAUUGUGGUCUCUUUCCAUGGCAUGUUUUUGGGGGGAAAAGCUACUUCCAAGCUCAGUUUUUACCCGAUUAUCCUAAUUUAAGUGUACAUGCUGCGAGCCCCCCAGCAAUAACUCCUGGCUAACAGUUUUCUACUUUGGCCAUUUUGACAGCAACACAAUUUUACUUUGCACGCUAGAUGCUUCUUAGACACCCAGUUGUGUGGUCAUGUCGUACGUUAAUUGAUUAAUGUGACGUUUCAGUACAAAGGUUCGCCUUUUUAUGAACUUCAAACUCAAUGUGUAAUCCAUGACAUGAUAUGAAUGAAACUUGAAAUCCUCAUGACACGCUGUAUAGGCAUUGUGUGCCAUUAAACAUGUACAGACACGC